AUGGCAUUUCGGAGCACUUGUUAUUGUGAUUCUUGGACAAAUAUGGCAAAAGUGUUACACAGCUGUAAAUAUUAUUUACUACUAGCAAUGUUUCUGUUAGUGGAGACGAAUCCGAUAAGCAGAACAAUUAAUGAUAGCGAAACUAAUGUCGUUUGCUCUAAUUCUGGGGAGUCAUCGGAUUACGUUCUAAAGCCAGGGAUGAUUUCCGACAACAACAAAACUGUUGGAAUAAGUCUACGUGGAUGCAAGAUAUAUGAUAUCAAUUUACAAGCAUUUCAAAAUUUAUCAUCACUUAUGUAUAUCGAUCUCUCCCAAAAUUAUGUUUCACAUUUAAAAUUAGGUGUUCUGGACGGCGCCAGGCAGGUAACGCUCUUGAAUCUUUCUUAUAAUGUUAUCACUGACCUCCCACUAGAUUUAUUUGAACAAAAGCCUGACUUAGAAAUAUUAGACUUAAAAGAAAAUAGAAUUCAAGAGCUCAAGUUAGGUAUAUUCUAUCAACUUAAGAAAUUAAAGUAUUUAGACCUUUCAAGUAACCAAUUGAAAGGUAGAGAUAUAGAUCCGCAUAUUUUUGAUGGUAGUCGACAAAUAUUUUUUUUGGAUUUCUCGAGAAAUCAUAUGUCUGAUGCGCCAAACAAUUUACUUUACGCGUUAGAAAAGUUAGAGAUUUUAAAAUUAGACACAUGUCUUCUUACUCACGUACCAGCAUUCGUGACUUCCGGAAAUCUUAAAGCUUUAAAACAUUUAAUUCUAUCAACAAACUAUAUAAGAAGCUUAGAAAAUUCAACCAUGUUUUUUAAUUUAAUUAAUUUGGAAAUAUUAGAUUUAGCUGUUAAUGCCAUAGAAAAUAUAUCUGAUGAUGUCUUUAAACCUUUAAACAAGUUAAAAGUUAUUAUUUUAAGACGAAACAGAAUAUCACAUUUACCAGAUACGCUAUUUUUAAAUAUGAAAAGUGUAGCAAAUAUUGACUUAUCCCAUAAUGUAAUAGAGACAGUUCCUGUUAGUGCUUUUAGGGGAACGUCCGUUAAGAAUUUGAACUUAUCUAAUAACAGAUUUACAUAUUUAAUUGACAAUUUUUGCUUACAAUUGAGAAAUUCGGGGGCAAAAUUAAAGAAAUUUUACUUCAACCUAAAUCCUUGGCAAUGUACGUGUCUUACGUCUUUACUAGAUGAAGUAAAAAGACUAGGAAUAGAGUAUAACAGUAUUAAUUACGAUGGAACGCAUCCUAUAUGCGUGACAACCAACGAUGUAUCUUGUAAAAGGCACGACAGGUUUAACUCUAUAUACAAGGAUUUGUACGAUGAUAUAAUAUUUUUGUCGAGU